UAAUGGACAGCUCCCCGGAUGCGGCUGUGAUUGACUAUACCAGGCAAAAAGAGAUCGAAAGCCAAGUGGCGGUGCUGCAGCCCCAGUGGUCGUAGGCAGGAUGCAGACCAUAAAGUGUGUGGUGGUGGGUGAUGGGGCAGUGGGUAAAACCUGCCUACUCAUCUCAUACACCACCAACGCUUUCCCUGAAGAAUACAUUCCCACAGUGUUUGACAAUUACAGCGCUCAGAUGAGCGUGGAUGGCCGCACUGUCAGCCUCAACUUGUGGGACACAGCAGGCCAGGAGGAGUACGACCGCCUGCGCACUCUCUCCUAUCCCCAGACCAACGUCUUCAUCAUAUGCUUUUCCAUCGGCAGCCCUUCCUCCCACGCCAACGUCCGGCACAAGUGGCAUCCUGAGGUGUCUCACCACUGCCCCAAUGUGCCCAUCCUUCUGGUGGGCACCAAGAGGGACCUGAGGGGCGAUGCAGAAACAGUGAAGAAGCUGAAGGAGCAAGGCCUGGCUCCAACCACCCAGCAGCAGGGCAAUGCCCUUGCCAAGCAAAUUGGGGCUGUUAAAUACAUGGAGUGUUCAGCUCUACUGCAGGAAGGUGUGAGGGAGGUGUUUGCUGAAGCUGUGAGGGCAGUGUUGUACCCAGUCACGAAAAAGAACACCAAGAAGUGUGUGCUGUUGUAAUAAAUGGUUCCCAAAUGUGGACUGUGGAGGGGGAUCAUGGGGGAUCCACAGAUGCAAAGAGAGGCUGAGGAAUGAAAGUCGUCAUCUGGCUGCCUCCACGCCACCUCCAGCAGUUAAGACUUCGUUUUCAGCUCUUCUGCUACUCCUCUCUUCCUUAUUCAUCUCCUGGAGGAUUUCACCACCGUUGUCAUCAUCACCAAAGUGACUAUGCCAAAAUGAAGGCAACAGACCGGAUCUCCUCUAUUUUUCUUACAUUUUAACUUUUGAUAUUUACACUUUCUUCCAAUUUUACAUCUGUUCUAGAUUUAUAGCUUCUCUGCUUUGCCUUACAAAAUGCUGAUCAUGGUUGUCACAAGCCAUAACAACAUCCAAACCAACCAACCAAGCUACCCUGUUUGACUGGAGAGAAGAGAUCUACCUUUGUUCAGGUGGAGAAAUAGUGACUACCUCAUACUUCUCACCUAGGUUGCAUCUCAUGAGUCUCAAGCAACUUAACCAUUAUGAAUGCUUCGACUUGCCUAUUUAGAUGUAAUAAACAACCAAUUAGAGGGUGAGCAAGUUUUAAUUUCAAGCAGCUUGAGUCCAGACAAGGUGUGAUGACUCCCGGACAAAUGCCAGUUCCCCCUUACCAGUAUGCACAGAUUAGAGUUUCAGCUGUAGCGCUGCAGUUCCACUUGUGCUCAGUCUGGCAUGUUAGAGCUGUCGGGGAGGCUGUCCUUCGAGCCCCUCUCACUGCUCUCUCGUUGCCACGCAUGGAAGAGCCAGUAGGCCUUUGAAGAUAAGCUGGACCCAUUAAAAGCAGCCGACCAUUUGCCCUCUUCAGUACUAGAGGAGCAGGUGUAGUAAGGCCUUGGCCAAAUUAACCCAUGCUGGUACUGGAUUUCCCAAGCGGACGGUCAGAAAGUCAGGUUGUAACACAGCUCUCCUCUGUCAACGUCUUAUUCUUGAGACUCACACCGAGUGCCAUUAAAACAUGCCUAAGAAUGACCUUUUUUGACAGGGUGGGGGUCACAGAGACUGUAUUUUGUCUAAUUAUGUUGAAUUUACUCUGUAAAUUUAAUCCUCAAAUGUUCUUUAACCUACGAGUGUGGUUAUGGCCAAAGUUGAAUAUAUUUUUUGUAAUAGCCUAUGUUUAUUUGAUCAGUAAGAUGUUUGUGUGUUGUAGUCAGAUUUGUUAAAUCAGAACUCCAUAACGACCCUUUGUCAAUUGCGUUAUUGCCUUACAUUUAAGGUCAGCAGACUAUGACCACUGCAUAAUUGAUUCAGUGUAGCAUAUAAUACCAGAAUGUUUUAACUGGCUUGUGCUAGGCUAUAUAUUUCUUUUCCUGUAUUGUCUGAUUUAGUUGAAUAUAAUUUCAUUUUGGAUGGAGCAGUGUCGUAGCAGCCUUGUCAAUUUUUCUACCAUGUAACAGCAGUGUAUCUACAACAUGAUAGGAGCCUUUUAUUUGGUCAGGUGCCUUAUUCAAACCAAAGACCACAGCAGCGCUCCUAUUUCAAACCCAAAGGUUCUCAUUGUAGUGCCACGAGACCUUUCAAAUACAGGUCCAACCAACUCUGGGUUUAAUUUUUUUGUAAAUUUUCAGAAGCUUUCUGCCCUAGUUCCUGCCAGUAAACACACCCGAUCUUGCAGCCCUCUUUUAUAAGACACAGGUGCUAAACUGACAUCUCGCUCAGCAAGUCUGUAUGCAUUUGUGAAACGAGCACUCGCGGCCCACAGCUCUUAACAGAUUGUGGUUUACAUCCCUGCAUUGCAUGGUGCAGCGAGAGCACAGACACAAACACAACUCACACAUAAAACGUUAGCAAGAGCUGUGUAGGUGGAACGUGCCUUGUCACCUCCUGAGAGUUUUUAUACAUUUUAUAAAAAUAUUUUUUUAGUAAUGACUGGUGGUGGCUUAUUUGUGCUUACAGCUGCCAGUAAUAACACCAGCCGUUUUACUAUAAUUAUCCUCAUUUAUUAAUUCGAGCGGCUAUAUAGCGAGUCAGCCUAGAUUGUGGCCUUUGUUAAGUCUACAUUGACUGAAGUGGAACUCGAGUCAGAGGUUUUAUGUAACAACAGCAAUGCGGUCUGCCAAAAAAUGUGUGAAAAUUUCCCAGAUAGUCAUGUCAAACUGUCAACUGGUGAGCUUUUUUUUUUUCUUUUUUUUUUUUUGGCCAUGUCCUAAUUUCAUUCAGAUAACGCUGUUGAAGUGGAACAUACACCUGUGGGCUCUCUUCGUCUGUGUCCCGGAGCUGUAUGCUACCGUGUGCGUGGUACUACGCUUUUACACUGGGAACUUGAUUUGUAGAAAUCUGUUUGUAAUUGUUUUAUAUAUAACAAAAGCAUAUUUGUAUAAAUGAACUAACAGUGAGAUGAUUUUAAAUUAUGCCAAAUAAAAUGGUGGUUAAAGCCGA